CCGCCACUCUUUUCAACAUGGCGGCGUCCAUGUGUCGUGUCUGAAAAACAACAUCCGCGACUGACUGAACGCCUGCUGUUGUACGAUGACAGACUUUCAAGAAGAACAGAAGAAUGAGAUAGAAGCGUUAGAAUCAAUCUAUCCCAGUGAACUCGAGACCGUAGAAACAGACCCGUACCAUGCCUUCACAAUUGAUGUCAAAGCUGACGCGUGUGAUCAGCCUGAAGACGAACAAACGUCGGUGAAACUCAAGUUCACCUAUGUACCUCGUUACCCGGAGGAAGGACCAUUGAUUGAGGCAGUUGAAUACGAGAACAUUGAAGAGGAAGAUGUUGAAGCGUUGAUGACGGCCCUAAAUGAGCAGGUUCAAGAAAACCUUGGCAUGGCCAUGAUUUUCACUCUGGUCUCGGCAGCAACUGAGUGGUUGAAUCAGCACACAGAGCGUGUCAAAUUCAACAAGACCGAAACAUUGAGGCUACAGAAAGAAAAAGAAGAGGAGGCGGAAAGGGUCAAAUUUGAAGGCACCAGAGUUACUGUGGAGAGUUUCCUGGCAUGGAAGAGCAAGUUCGAUGCAGAGAUGGCAGAGAUUAGGAACAGGGACAAGACGCUGAAUGCAUCUGGGAAACUCACGGGACGAGAACUCUUUGAGAAGGACACGAACCUCAUCGACUCUGAUCUCCAGUUCAUGCAAGAAGGGGAGGAAGAUGUCAAAGUGGAUGAAUCACUAUUUCAAGAACUGGAGGACUUGGACCUGCAAGAACUUGACGAGCCUGAUGAUGUAAAAGCGUGACAAUAGGAGUGUGGCUAUUAAGAAAAUAUUCGUUUUUGUUUUUUGUGCAAGAAUAAACUUUUUCUAGCAUGCA